AUAUUGGAUUCUGUGACAGAACCUUCAUUAUGAUGUCGGGUGUGAACGGAAUGUUCUCUGUAGCUUCAGGUUCAGCUGCAGAAUCUUUCUCAUUUGGUAUCUGACUUCUCAGCUAUACACACCAUCUGAAAAGACUUACUCGUUCGCCACGUUCCACAAACCAGUUGACCGUUUUCUUCUCGUUCCAAACUUGACUUCUCUUCAAAAUGGACACCCGGUUUAUUUUUGAGCAAGUCCAAAGAAUGAGACCGUCCUCAUUCUCGGAGGAAGAGCAGCACUGCUACAAAGCUGAAAAAAUGAUGCUGAGACAGUUUCUGCUCAUGAAGCAGCAGGAGCAACUUCCUGAUUAUUUAUCUGUCAGAGACAUGAAGACCUGGCUGCUGACAGGAAGAAGCUUCCUGGAAGAGUUUCAGGAAAUAAUUGAGAGGACAGGGAUUGAUCAUCUGUUCAUGGCUGAACUGGCAUGGACCACAGCUAGACUCUUCUGUCUCAGUCAGAUGGAAGAAGAGCUCCUGGAAGAGCUGGACAAAGAAAGGUGUCUUUCCCAGCUGUUCAGCAGGAAGGUCACACUGGAAGGCCUUCAGAUGUUUGUCUCGAUUGUCCACCCAAAAGCAGAAAAGGUUGCACAAACCUUCCUUUCAGCCCUGCACAGAAAGAUGCUGCAAAUCUUCUGGGACAUUCAGACUGCCAGCGGCCCAGUCUCUGCAGAGGACGCAAAACCAGCAGAGCUCAUGGAGCUGGAACAGAGUGCUGCGGCGCUGAUACCAGAGGUGGUGGACACUGCUCUUAAGUUCCUCCUGGAAGAUCCAGAGCGGGAAAACAAGAGUAAAGCCGCCAGUGCUGAGAUUGGCAAACUGCUGACUAAUUCAGCAUUUCCAUGCCUCUCUCGGUCAGGAAGCGUUUCUGAAACUCUUCUGCUCGGUGUCUGCACCAAGGAAGCCCAAUCCAUGGUCGAAGCCAUCUAUAACAGGUUUGACAAGUGCUCCAGGUCCUUCAAGCUGAUGGACUAUGAUGAAAGCUAUUACGAUUCUAGAGAGGGCGUCAUCUCUGCCAUCCAGGAUAUGGACCAUGAAGUGCAGACUGAUGCACCAAGCCAGGCUCACUUUCAGCUGGAAGAGGGACUUGUGAAGGAGAGGGAGGCUUCUCCAUGGGCUGCUCUGGAUCAAGAGAUAGACUUUAUGCCAAAAGAUGUUGCAGAGGACACGUACAGAAAAGAGGCAACCCUGGUUCAAGAUUCUGUCGUCCAGAAUAUGGACAACAACGAGCAGGUGGAUGCAUCCAGCCAGGCUCACCUUCAUAUGAAAGAGGAACUUCUGGAGAAGAGGGAGACUUCUCUGGACCUCUCUCCUUUGGAGGAGCUGAAAGAGGGACUCAUGGAUAAGAGGGAGGCUUCUCCACGAGUCGCUCUGGAGGAAGAGGUGGCCACUUUCCCAAAUGAUGUGACUGAGGACACAUACGUAAAAGAGGAAAUCUUGUUUCAGGACUCUGCCACCAAGGAUAUGGACUAUGAAGUGCAGUUUGGUGCAUCCACUGAGCCUCACAUUAAACUGGAAGAGGUACUCAUAGCAGAGAGGAAGAUAUCUCUAUAUUUCACUUCCUUGGAGGAGCUGGAAAACAAACUCGUGGAGCAGAGGGUGGCUUCCACACGAGUCGCUUUGGAUGAAGAGGUAGACACUUUGCCACAUAAUGUUAAAAACAUGAACCAUGUAGAGCAGCUGGAUGCAUCCAGCCAGGCUCCUCUUCAGCUGGAAGAGGGACUCCUAGAGGAGAGGGAAACUUCUCCACGAGUCUCUCUGGAUGAAGAGGUGGACUCUGUUUCAAAUGAUGUUACAGAGGAAACCCUGGUUCAAGACUCUGCCAUCCAGGAUAUGGACCAUGAAGUGCAGACUGAUGCAUCCAGCCAGGCUCACUUUCAACUGGAAGAGGGACUCGUUGAGAAGAGGGAGGCUUCUCCAUGGGUUGCUCUAGAUAAAGAGGUAGACUUUAUGCCAAAAGAAGUAACAGAGGACACAUAUAGAAAAGAGGCAACCCUGGUUCAAGAUUCUGUCGUCCAGAAUAUGGACAAUGACAAGCAGGUGGCUGCAUCCAGCCAGGCUCACCUUCAUAUGAAAGAGGAACUUCUGGAGAAGAGGGAGACUUCUUUGGACCUCUCACCUUUGGAGGAGCUGAAAGAGGGACUAGUGGAUAAGAGGGAGGCUUCUCCACGAGUCGCUCUAGAGGACAAGGUGGUCACUUUGCCAGAUAACGUUGUUAAAAACAUGAACCAUGUUGAACAGCAGGAUGCAUUCAGCCAGGCUCCCUUUCCACUGGAAGAGGGACUUGUAGAAGAGAGGGAAGCUUCUCCACGAGUCACUCUGGAUGGAGAGGUGGACACUUCAAAUGAUGUGACAGAGGAAACCCUGGUUCAGGACUCCGCCAUCCAGGAUAUGGACCAUGAAUUGCAUUUUGGUGCAUCCAGCCAGGCUCAUCUUCAACUGGAAGAGGGACUUCUCGAGGAAAGGGAGGCUUGUGUUGAGAUCACUUCCUUAGAGGAGCUAGACAUGGGAAUCAUGGAAGUGAGUAAAAUGUCUGCACAAGUCUCUCUGGAUGAAGAGGUUGACACUUUGCCAAAAGAUUUGAUUGAGGACACAUGCAGAAAAAGGGAAACCCUGGUUCAAGUCUCCGUCCACUAUAUGGACCACCAAGUGCAGUUUCAUGCAUCCAGCCAGGCUCACAUUAAGCUGGAGGAGGGACCUCUGAAGAGGAGGAAGGCUUUGCCACGAGUGUCUCUUGAGGAAAUGGCCACCAGGGUAAGCCUAGCAAAUAGGGACACAUCUUCAGUCAGACUGGAGACCAAUGUGGCAGUUUACUUGGUUGAUGAGCUGGAAAUACUGCAGCAGGAGGAAGUGGAGGUUUAUGAGACACUUGACUUCCUGGUUCAGGACUGUGCUGAUAAGAAGAAGAAGAAGAAGAAGGGAUCGUGUGCCUUUUUCUGUGGUUUACGGAAGAUGAUGAAAUGUGGCUUUUGUGUUCCCAUCAAGCAAUAAAUCACAGCACUCCCUCUGCAAUGAUGUUGUUAAAUAUAUUUAAUAAAACUAUUAAUUUUAAGUCA